AUGUGUCAGAGAGAAUUACCCCUGACAAUUUUGUUGCUUGUACUUGUACACACAGCAGAAACUUGCACUUUACGAUCUCACAUUACUGCAGUGGAAGGGGAACCCUUCUAUUUGAAAUUUUGCUUAUCUUCAUCUGAGCAAAAGAGCGAACCAAGCACUAUAAGAUGGUACAAAAGUGGCGAGUCACAUGGACGUGUUGGGCUAAACACAAGCAGUUCACCCAGAAUUUCUGUGCAUGAUUUUUCUUUGGAGUUUUGGCCAAUUGAGUUGGAUGACAGAGGAACUUACUUUUUCCAGAUGGGAAAUAAUACUCGGGAAUGGAAAUUAAACGUCAUCAGAAGAAAUAAGAACAGCUGCUUUACUGAAAAACGAGUAACUAGUAAAAGUGUAGAAGUUCAAAAAGCUUUGAUUAUAUCCUGUACAAACAGUUACUAUCAAAGACUCAUUAACAGAACAACACUAUAUAAGGACUGUGAAAAGAUAGCUGAGAGAGAUACAAACCCAUUGCUACAGAAGAAUGCUGAGUUUAAAGAUCAGGGUUAUUACUCCUGUGUGUUUUCCAUUCAUCAUAAUGGAAAAGAAUUUAACAUCAUCAAGACCUUCAAUAUAACAAUAGUUGGAGAUAACAAUAAUAUAAUGCCAGCUCUUCUUGGACCAAAGCUUAACCAUGUUGAAGUGGAAUUAGGAAAAGAUGUACAGCUCAACUGCUCUGCUCUGCUGAAUGAAAAGGAUCAGCUUUAUUGGAACUUCUGGAGAGAAAAUGGAUCAGACCCCAAUGUACACGAAGAGGAAGGAAUGAGAACUAGGACUUCAGAAGGCAAAUGGUAUGCUUCAAAGAUAUUGAGAGUUGAGAAUGUCAACGAAAACAAUCUAAAUUUCUCAUAUAAUUGCACUGCGGUCAGCGAAGGAGGCAUAGACACAAAGAGCUACAUCUUGUUGAGAAAAGCACCUGGGGCAGAUAUCCCGGGCCAUGUCUUCACUGGAGGAAUGAUCGUAGCCGUUUCAAUCUCAGUAGUAGUCGUGUGCCUUGUGAUCGUGGGUGUCAUUUAUAGAGUGGACUUGGUUCUGCUGUAUAGACGUUUCAUGGGAAGAGAUGAAACAUUAACAGAUGGAAAAACAUACGAUGCUUUUGUGUCUUACCUAAAAGAAUGUCGACCCGAAGAUGGAGAGGAAUACACAUUUGCUGUGGAGAUUUUGCCCAGGGUGUUGGAGAAACAUUUUGGGUAUAAGUUAUGUAUAUUUGAAAGGGAUGUCAUGCCUGGAGGAGCUGUUGUUGAUGAGAUCCACUCAUUGAUAGAAAAGAGCCGAAGACUCAUCAUUGUCUUAAGUAAAAGAUACAUGUGUGAUAGAGUGAGAUAUGAACUUGAAAGUGGACUCCACGAAGCAUUGGUGGAAAGGAAAAUUAAAAUAAUCUUAAUCGAAUUUACACCUGUUAGUGACUUGACAUUCUUGCCUCAGUCACUAACGCUUUUGAAAUCCCACAGAUUUCUGAAGUGGAAGGCUGAUAAGUCUCUUUCUUAUAACUCAAGAUUCUGGAAAAAUCUUCUUUACUUAAUGCCUGCAAAAACAGUCAAGCCAGCUGCAGGUGACUCGGAAAUCAUGCCUGUUCUCUCAGCACCUUGA